AUGCGUAAGUGCAGCAAUUACAAUUACGGAGAUCCGUUAUCGUCGCCCAUUGAGGGUCAACAAAAAAUGUGUAGUUUGAAAUCUGCCAUGGCGAAAAGCAUUCGAUCUGUUUUAUCACCACUCUUGUUAAUCAGUUCAGUGUGCGGUUUGAGAAUUAUCGAGUUUUCCGCGGGACAUCCAAAACUUUGGUUCAGUCUCCUAUAUAUUCCGUUACUGUGGUCGGUUUACUAUUUUUUCGUGAUAGCUAAAGUAAUUUCUUAUAUACCAGAUGACUCCAACACUUAUAUUAUUUACGUUUUAUCGAACUUUUUAACAGUUUUAUUAUCAAUAUUUCUCGGAAUAUAUUAUGAUAAGAAAUUUAAAUACUGUCUAAAAAAACUCGCUAUUGUGGAUGACACUUUGAAGAAACUCGGAACAACAACGGAUUAUAAUAAAUUAAAUAGAAGAACAGUAUGGAUUAUCUUAGGAUGGUCUGUAACAGUGUCAUUAUUAAAUUGUUGCGAAUAUUUACGGUGGCACGAUGUGCAUGAUGCUCUGAAUUCCAUCCUUGCAACGCUUACAUUAAACUAUUGUUCCGAUGUCAACAUUAUUGACGACUUGAUUUUUGCUAGUAUUCUCGGAUACUUAGGAUUGAAAUUUGAUCAAGUCAACGAACAUCUUGGCAAAAUGGUAAAAGACAAUGUACGUAGGACAAAGCGGGCUAUGGAAAAUUCUACGUUACAUUCUCCACAAUGCAAACUUCCGAGUGCUCUAAAUAGUAAACAUAUGGCAUGGAUAAUAAUACAUCUUCACCUGGAGUUAAAGAAAAUAUCUUACGAGAUAAACUCAAUAUUCGAAAUACAAAUGACUUGGAAGAUGAUAUGUUAUUUCGGUUUUAUAGCGGAGUUUUUCCGUGAAGCUUUUGUUACGAUAUUAGUGAGGAAUUACGACUCUAAUAAAAAAAUCUUGUUCGUCACUAUAAUCAUAUUGUGGCUCAUUUGGUAUAUCUCCAGAAUUGUCUUGAUCAAUUAUAUGUGCGAGAGAGUCAGUGCAAAGGCAAAUGCAACACGCAAAGUUAUAAGUAACGUAUUGUAUUUCUCUUGUGAUGUUGAAAUACGUGAAAAUGUAAGCUUCAAUGUUAAGUAUAAAAGACGUUACUGCCUAAAUUAA